CUUCUCUGGUGUUUGACUUAGGGAGAGAGCAGCUGGUGCUCUCAAACGUUAACGAAACUUCCCUUCAACAUCGCAAUAACUCAUCAGUUUUAUCCGUGGACGUGGAGUCGCCCCCGGUACGUUCUACCCGCAACGUGGUGCCGUUCUCUGCGGACGCUCCCCGGGGUCGGGUCGGCGGGGGGUCUGCUGCUCUGUUCAGUUCCAAACGCGGAAACGUGUUUGAGGAGAUGCACCGCGACACGUCUUCAGGGCGCCGCUUGUGUGAGGAAUGGACUCAAAAGACAGGACGGGAGACCCGGAGGAGGCUCCGGUCCCGAACCUGCUGGUCACCUCCAUCCCCUGCCUGCAGCCUCACCGGACCGCAUCCAGAGACGUCGCGCGGCGCGAGAUCCGUCGUUCAGAGGCUGCUGCAGGGAAGCUCUCGGUGGACAGCUCGCUGCCGACCUCCGGCUCUGAGUUGCCGGACGCCAUGAGACGCCUGGGCCCCGGCUCAGAGGACUGUUCUCGCCUCACUGCUGCUCUCUCCUGUCUGAAGAGCGCUAACAACGCAGGUGAUCCGGGUCCUGACUCAGGCUUUUGCAGCUCAGAGGCUCGACAGGACACUGAUGUCUUCUCUCCCAUCAGCUCCCCUUCCAGCGGGGUUAGCCCGUCCCUCCCGCUGCAGCACACCAUUACCACCACCCACGGCCGCUCCAUCUCCAUAUCGGUCUUCCCUUGUCCAGAGGACCGGAGAGCUUGCACCAGCUCGCCCUCCCCCACGCCCCCCCCACCCACACACAAGCGGCUACAGCUCUUUCCCAACAUAAUGACAAGAAGCAAGAGUCAAGAGUCCCAGCUAGCAAACCGCAUCGAGGAGCCGGCAGCACUCAGAGCCGGUAAGAAGAACAAAGUGCUGAGUGCUCUUCCGAUUAAUAACUGUGGUAACGGUCCUGAAGACUCAGCGCUGCGCUCCCCACUGCUGUCUGCCCGAACCCCUGGCCCCGUCCCGGCCUCGGCCCCGUACAUGAUGCCUGCCACACCCACCCUGCUGGAGAAUGUGACCAGGGGCUCCCCUCAGACGAUGAGGAGAGAUGUCGGCCUGGCUGUAACACACAGGUUUUCCACCAAGUCCUGGCUCUCCCAGAUGUGCCAAGUGUGUCGCAAGAGCAUGAUGUUUGGUGUCAAGUGCAAACACUGCAAGUUAAAGUGCCACAACAAAUGCACCAAAGAGGUUCCCUCAUGUCGGAUAUCGUUUCUUACAUUGCCAAGGAUGCGGAGGGCCGAAUCAGUGCCAUCAGAUAUCAAUAAUCGGAUCAAUCAUACAGCGAAGAUCCCACUGCAAUUUGGCACUUUACCAAAGGCACUUGCCAAAAAGGAGCCUCGCCCCAGUUUGAACCAACUGGACUCCAGCAGUAACCCAUCAUCAGCUGCCUCCUCUACAUCUUCAUCCCCAGCACACACACAGCAGAAUAAACCCACAGGCGCUGCACCCAUGGCCAACCCGUUGCCGCAGGGCUCCCUGGACAGCCGUUUCCACUUCCCAGAUGUUCCUGCUUCCAGAUGUACUGCUGCUCAACAGUGUGACAGCAGCAAUGAGUCUGGAGUAUCCCAGCUGUCUGCCACUGAAACCCAGCAAAUGUCAGCAAAGCAAGAAGAGGAGGAGGACUACCCAGCAGAAAAGGACGAGGCAGCGGACCCUCAAAGCAGAGAGCAGAGCCUUUCCACGGAUGCGUGUGACGAGGACGGGCUGGAGGACCUGCCUGCCACCACACACCGCCAAGGGGCCGUCGGCCGCUGGAGGAGCCCCAUCCGCCGUAAGGCCAGCCAGACCAGCGUCUACCUGCAGGAGUGGGACAUCCCAUUUGAGCAACUGCAGCUAGGAGAGAUGAUUGGCAAGGGGCGUUGGGGGAAGGUGCAUCGGGGGCGCUGGCACGGUGAGGUGGCCAUUCGCCUCCUGGAGAUCGAUGGCAACAACCACGAUCAUCUUAAGCUCUUCAAGAAGGAGGUUAUGAACUACCGGCAGACCAGGCACGAGAACGUUAUUCUGUUCAUGGGCGCCUGCAUGGCCCCCCCACACCUCGCCAUCGUCACCAGUUUCUGUAAAGGUGUGACUCUUUACUCUGUUGUAAGAGAACGAGGUCACAUGCUCGAGAUCAAUAAGAUCAGACAGAUUGCACAGGACAUCGUCAAGGGAAUGGGUUAUCUGCACGCCAAAAGCAUCGUCCACAAGGAUCUGAAGUCCAACAACGUGUUCUAUGACACCAACAAAGUGGUCAUCACUGACUUUGGCCUGUUUGGGAUGGCUGGAGUGGUACAGGAAGGCAGGAGAAAGAACAUGUUGCGGAUACCUCGUGGCUGGAUUGACUACCUGGCUCCAGAGAUUGUUCAAAACAUGAGUCCAGAGGUGGAAGAGGACAAACUGCCUUUCUCCAAAGCCGCUGAUGUUUAUGCAUUUGGCACAAUCUGGUACGAGCUGCAGGUUGGAGACUGGCCAAUGACCAACCUGCCCGCAGAGACUAAAAUCUGGCUAGUGGGCAGCAAUGUGGGCGUUAAGAAGGUGCUGGCAGACGGCAACCUGGGCAAGGAGGUGACGGAGAUCCUGUCUACCUGCUGGUCCCAUAAAGCCGAUAACAGGCCCCCCUUCAUCCUGCUGGCCGCCAUGCUGGAGAGGCUCCCUAAGCUCAACCGCAGGCUGUCUCACCCCGGACACUUCUGGAAGACAGCCGAGUAGGUACAAGUAGGAAAGAGAGGGCACAUUCCUGAUCCAAGGUGGAGCAUCCUGCAGCACCAGUUACACCAGCAUUAAAGAAGGUCUCCAUCCAUCAGAUCAGAAGGGAGGCUGCAUCCAUCAGAUGUAGACGUCUAUAUUUUAACGUCACAUAAUGGAACUAGUUGUAAAAAACAUUAUGUUAAGAAAUGUGAUCAUUUUGAAGCUGUCCUGCUGAGUAGUGAGUAAUAUAAACGUUGUAUUUUGAGGAAGGAUCUUGUGGGGCUCACAUGCUGCUGUGCAUGGGUGGAGUUAUUGCUCCCUUUAAGCUUUCUUAGUGUUUUUUUAAUAAAAAUAGUGUUUUUCACAGUCAGCAGUAUUUUCCUCUCUUCACCUCUCCAUGCCGACUGAUCCAGCUUUGCCUGUUUCCACGGUGUCUGAUCUCUACGGUGUCCCUUCCAUCCCACCACAUACCCUCUGUCCCUGCCUCAGAUUCCGCUCCUUGCUUCUGUCUCCUCACCCAGUUCUUCUCCCAGCAAAGGCUGUAGUAUUAUCAUCUUAAUCAUAAUUACUGCUGCACACUGUCCAUACAUGUACAUACAGCAGCUGAGAGCCACAAGUGCGUAUUCAUAAUUAAAUCUAAUAUUGGCUUGAGGAAAAAUUGACAUAAUCUUCACAACGCUUGGCUCUUGUGUUAUUUGUUUAAGUUAUAUAGCGGGUCUAUACAUAUGUCUGUUGCUUUAGCAUUGCCUCUCUGAAUAUCGCCAUGUUUCCAUCAUCUAAACGGCGGGUCACUUUAUCUGAAGGCACCCUCCGAUCAUAUUGUAACGGACUGACAUGAACACUGACGAGGUUACACACACAUUAAGAGUUUAAGAGUUAAUGGAUUUUUUCCCCUUACAUUACUCGUAUACUUUAAGUAGUUUUGAAACCAGUACUUUUAUACUUUUACUUAAGAAAAAAGCUUGAGUUUGACUUCAACUUCAACAAAGUCUUUUUAAACCCUAGUGCCUAUACUUCUCCUUGAGUAAUGAAUGUGAAUAUGUUUGACACCUCUGCUAGUGAUCCUCAUCUCUAUUCAGUUUUGUUAUCUUGAUUUUGCACACAGAGUCCAAUCUGAUUAAUUAUAUGCAGUACAAGCUCUGUAUGCAGAGCUUUUGGACUGACAGGUGAGGCAUGUCAGCCCAACUGACAGGAUGUAGGAUUUUGUUAAGGGCGAACAAGCAGAGGGUCACGUGACAAAGGAGUAGAAGCUAUGUGUCGCAACAGGUAGUGGAAGAAGGACUCAAAUGCAAAAACUGCUUUGUUAAUCAAAAUCAGAAUGCCUGGGGGCAAAACACAGACAGGAUAGGGACCAGGAACUCACAAACUCACGAACGCAGUGCCGUCCUUUUAAGAACAACAUUCAAUGACGCAACCAGGGAUAAAAGAGACACAUGGCUUAAAUACACUGGGACAGUGCAGGUGAUUGGACACGGGUGAAACAAUCAUGACGAUCUGAGGCUACAAUGAAACCUACGAUGUAACAUUCCUUCUGCCGGCUUGGUUGGUAUGUUGGGCCCCAUUGGAUUGCUGUCACAUGACAUCCUGUUUUAUCCGGUCAUACGUCAUUAGUGGAUCAAAGAGCAAACCAAGGAGAUGUACUGUAACUCGCUCACUGAGAUUUAAUCAGAGCGGUUUGUUCAGACUUACUUUUGAAUAAGGAUGAGAUGAUGACUACUGGAAAUAAUAGACAAAAAUGUUUGGUAUCGACACUUGUCUUUCCUAUGUACACUCCAGUACAGCAUCAUGUUUUUGAGCAGGUUGUGUGUGUGUGUGUGUGUGUGUGUGUGUGUGUGUGUGUGUGUGUGUGUGUGAGAGAGAGAGAGAGAGAGAGAGACCGUGUAUGGUAUUUGCCCAGUGAAUGUGUUGGGCUUCACCAGCAUGGAAUUGAUCUAUACAUAUAUGUAUAUAGAGGGUUAGGGUCAGGUUUUUGAUACAGUGUUUGCACAAGGGUUUCGAUUUAGAUUUCCAUUGGUACUUUACUCCCAUUGAUGAAUAAAAAGUGUAAACUCGGUUAUUUUGUACAUAAUGCAGUGAUAUUUUGAACAAUUGAAGAUAUUAAAGCUGAUCUCCAUUGA